AUGGCAUCGCUAUCCAAUGUGGACGAUCAUGAAGAAAGCAACACCAAACAAGGAAGGUCAAAAGGUGAUGCGCAGCCUUCUCAAUUAGUCUCAUUCAACGCAUUUCAUCAUCUCAUGGCGCCUAAGCCGAAGAAGAGAUCACCGCACGUCUCCUGGCGAGAUGGACUAGGGCUCUACAUCAAUACGCCCGAAUCGCCUGCAGCUACGAGUCAAAUCCUCUUCUUGAACCCUGAAUUUGUCGGAAUCUGGGACUUGUAUCCCAAGGCCAGCGUUCACACUUUGUUGCUACCGCGUGCACCGCAUCUCUCGGCACAGCAUCCGAUCAAGGCACUCGAGUCACCCAACUUCUUGAUGUGCGUCCGCCAACAAGUUGCGCAACUCACGGAUCUAGUGGUGGCCGAGUUGCAGCGUAGGUAUGAAUUGGCGAACCCGGACAGAUCAGCGUCGCAGCAGCAAGCUCGCGACUGGCGGAGCGAGGUCAUGGCCGGCGUCCACUCUCGUCCAAGUAUGAAUCACCUUCAUAUCCACGUCUUGAGCGUCGAUCGCCACUCCAAAUGCCUCAAGCAUCGGAAACACUACAAUAGCUUUUCCACCGACUUUUUCAUCCCGAUUUCCGACUUUCCACUCGGCAGCGAUGAUCCGCGAAGACACCCGGAAAGAGAGGGCUAUCUCAACAGCGAUCUCAAGUGCUGGAGAUGCGGGAAGAUGUUUGGGAAGAAGUUUACUGAGCUCAAGAGGCACCUUGCUGAGGAGUAUGAGAAUUGGAUGAGACAGUAG